AUUCACAUUGCGCCUUCUUCCAGUUUAACACCGUGAUCUGAGGUGAGCGCAAGAACGUCCAAAAUAGAGCCUCCGCGUACUAUCAUUGCCAGACUUUAAACAAUUUAUAAUUUCCAAUUAAAUUUUAGGGUGUGUGAUUAAUAAAAACUUAACUAAUAAAAAAAUGUUAAAAUAUUUGAUUAGUGCCAUCGCAUUUGCGAGUAUUUUGGUCUACACAAACGCAGAAUGCGUUAAUUGUGAUUCAAGACAUGAUAUAAAUUGCUUAUACGAUAAUAUGUUGUCAACCAAUUGCACUCCAUGGGAUAAUCAGUGUUUCGUGCGGAUUGAUGAUGAUGGCAGUACCAUUCGUGGAUGUUUAAAUAGUUUGAGUGGACCUGAACAGUUCCAAUGUACCGGACAAAAUUGCAUGUCAUGCACAAAUCUAAGGAUUGGCACAGGCUUCCAUCCAGGCUGCAAUAACGUCAUCUUUCCAGAACAUCGUAUCCGGUGCCAUGUGUGCAAUAGUACAACAAACCUAAGGGAUUGCUUGGGCGAACAAACAUCCCCAGCUACUAUUUGCUCAAGAUUUGUCGAUGGAGAUUCAUGCUUUAUCAUGCGUCGAGGAGACUCUUUUGCACGAGGAUGCGUUAGUGAUGAACCCAUUUGCCUGCAGGAAAAUGCAUGCUACACAUGCAUUGGAGAAGGUUGCAAUUUUGCCAAUGUAACGUCCAUUGAACUCCCCGAAGCACCCAUUGGGGGCAAUUCUGCCAAUACCAUUUCAGCAAUUUCUUUCAUUGCCUUUGCACUCUGUGCCAUUCUUCUUGUGAGGAAUAAUUAAUCAUUUAUUAAAAAAAAGAGAAAUCUUUACAGUGAGGAUUCGUAGAGCAAAGCAGCCAUAUCAGUGUUUUUUUUUUCCUUUUCAAGAUGCAUUUAACAUUCAUUUUAGUAGAACGUUCUCUAGUAGAUUAAUACACGCAUGCAUUGUUUCUAAUUUACAAGAAAAAGCGACAAAUAAAUUAGAACAAAGAAA